CCUGAUUGAUUUUUGCCCCGGGUCCGCGCGGAGAAGGCGUCCGCCCUGAUCUUCACCUCUGGGCGCCCUUCGAAAAUUGCCUCGCCGGUCGGCGAUCCUGCCGGCAGGGGCCAGGUCUCAGCCAAUGGGCGCCCGUCUGGCGUCUGCAGAAGAUCCUGGAAGAGGUCCUGAGUUGCCGCUCGGCGUUGGACGAUCGACUCGCGAACUUGGAAGGGCAGCCCUUUGAAUUUUUCAAAAAUGACCGACACACAACCAACCCAAAAACCCGAACAGGCGACGACCGAGAAGGAAAACUCGGAUUACAUCAAGCUCAAAGUCGUAGGAAACGAUUCAAAUGAAAUACACUUCAAAGUCAAGUUGACAACACAGAUGGGAAAACUGAAGAAGUCGUACAGCGAGCGAGUGGGUGUCCCGAUUGCUUCGUUGAGAUUCCUAUUUGACGGCCGGAGAAUCAAUGACGAUGAGACCCCAAAAGCGCUUGAUAUGAAGAACGACGAUUUGAUAGAAGUAUACCAAGAACAGACAGGGGGAAGCCAAUGAGCCGUUUCUCUACAGGCGGCAUCCAAUUUGUAUAAAAUCCUAAACUUGUAUUAUAAUUUUAAACGAGCAUUUAAAAAAAAAAUCAUUACAAUGUUUUAUUUGAUAGCACAAUUACUUUUUUCUUUUUCUUCAGGUUUUUUUAAACAUGCAUAUUCUUUAUUUGCUUUAAAGAUUAUGUUUUUUCUUUUCUACUUGUUAAUUAUUUGUAUUGACUGUUUUUAUUGUGUAUAAAUAAAUAUGGGGUUAAAAUAAUCUAAUGUGAAAGGAAUUUUACGAGUUAAAUUCACAAACUUAAAAUGAUUCAAACUGUCAGGCCCAGAUUUAUUUAAAUAAUGUGCUUCGAUGUUGAUAUCCUGUGAUAUAUACAUUUAUUUCAGUUAAUAUAAAAAGUUAAUAACAGUUGAAAGCAAUUCUCAUAUUUUUUCUCUCAACACGUGCUUUUGUAAAUAUUAAUAAUUUAGAGAAAAAA